AUGCGAAUCCUUCUUCGUGCAUUCUCAGAGCUUUCCAUCAAAACUAACCCUAAAUCGAUAAAGUUACACAACAUGAGUCAUUUCCCUGUUAUUCAAAGAGCCUUUUCUACCCAGGACGAGGGCAGAAAAAAUGAGUCUGAUUGGGCGGCCCAUUUCGGUGGAACUGGGUCGUCGGGCCCCGAAUCCCUAGGAUGGGAUGUGGGCCCAUCAUCAUGGUCCACUGGGCUCACGAAAGAACACUUUGAUGGUGAAGUUGUUGGGCAGCAGGUGAGAUCAGAUGCGGGCCAUAGCAAGCCCAGUGUUGGUGGAAUGGGUGGCCCGAAGGAGGGCGGUUUGUAUUCAGAAGUGAGGUGGACAGAUGAGGAGAUCAAGAAAAUGAACGAACUGGAGACUGCAAACCGCAAGGGGAAGGCUUUUGUGGAUAGCUGGGAUGAUAGAAUGGAUGAAACGACUGUUUUGAUGAAGCAGGUUCAUCUUUUUACUACUACUAUUAUUAUUAUUGCUGGAAUGUUUUAA